AUGAAUGUCCCAUGGGGUUUGCUGACGGUUUUGAGUUUGGUGUACCACACCGAAUCGAGGUGCUCGCCGACCUCUUACUAUAAGAACUGCUGGAUUCGACGUUUCCCCGGGAUUUUCAUCGAUAUUGAGGAAUCUCAGAGGAGAGGAGCGCAGCUUUUAAAGUUUUACCAAGAGGAGACCGCGCUGAAAUGCAGCCGGACGUGUUGCCUAACAAGAAACUUUUCCUGCAAUCUGGCAAUAUUUCACUAUGACACCAUUCAAGACAAUGUGAACUGUUUCCACCUGCACUGUCCAACGUUAGAGAGCUGCAUUCUCAGCCACAGCGGCAACGUUGUUCUUUACAAUAUCACAAAGGGUGUGGAUCCUGAUCUGUUGGUGUUUGGAAAAUACUUCGCAUCCAAUGUGCGUGUGUUACCACACCUCUACACCCGCGUCAACGCCUCAGAGCCACUGCCUUCAGACAAGCGGCAGUUCAACCGGCCACCCCGUCCCCCUGCCCCACCUCUGACUCCAGCACCCACGGUAAAACCCCCUACCACAUCAACAGCGCCCCCCACCACCGCCACCACAGUGCUGCAGAGCACCAGUCAGCCUGCAACACUGUCAACAGCUAAGACCGCUCUGUCUUACCAAACCCUGGAGACCCAUGCACAUACAACAGUUACUGCUCCAGCACCUGUUCCCACCACCUCCAUCUCUCCUCCAUCACCCAGCACUACAAACCCUCCUCCAUCCACCACAGCUGCCACCACCCUUGCCCCUUACACUGCCCAAACCACCCCUACCUUUCCCUCCAUCCUGGAAGUGACCACACAGCCCUCCACUGCCACUCCCACCCAGCAUGACACCUCCAACAUCUCUGAGGUGGCCACCAGCCCUCCAACCUCCAUGGCCCUUAUGGCUAACAUUGAAAGCAGCAAGCAAUACCCCAAUGACACCAAGGGCUACCUGGGGAGGAACCACACUGCAGGGAGUGAGGGGGGGCAGGCUGGCAGUGGAGAGGACACUCUCGGGGGCUUGGGACCCGGGUGGCAUGUGGCUGCCCACACCCUCCUGGUCGCAGUGGCUACCUGCGUCACAGUGUUGCUGAGUUGCUGUUGUUCCAUUCUGGUGGUAGUGAGUUGGAGGGGCAGGAGGAAGAGGAAGGGACGCUACCGCACAUCCUGGAGAGGGAAAGGGGGUUCCAUGCGUCUAAUUAAGUAUGUUCUGGUCAGGGAAAGCUCUUGAAAGUGUGGGGUGGAGUCAGUGUGGCCAAAAAGUGUCUGGAACUGAUCAUUUCCUGCUUUUAA